AUGAUACUUGUGCUCUCUCUGGUGGUGGUGAUGCAACAGCUACGUUUCAAGCCAAGUUAUUUACAGAAGUUUUUGGUGAGCUCUCUGUGUCGUGUGGUGUUCUUCAGUGAUGGAUGCGACGUUCCAAGAAUCAUAUUGUUAGGUCCUCCAGCGUCUGGGAAGAGAACCGUAGCUAAAAAGUUGUGUGAGCACACACAGGCUAUUCACGUAACUUUUAGCGAUAUCUUAAAGGAUGACAGUGACUUAAGCAGAGCUGCACAGCAGUACCAAGAGAAAAAACAGAAGAUCCCUAAAGACCACUGGAGACAGUUGAUUCAGCAACACCUGUCAAAACUAGACUGCGUUCGACGGGGCUGGGUUUUGGAAGCCAUUCCCAAGACACUAGAAGAGGCACUAUGUCUACAAGAAGCAGUCAUCACCCCAGAUCAUGUUGUGAUGCUGGGAGCUCCUGAUGUCAUCCUGAUUGAAAGGAGCUCAGGCAAGAGGAUAGACCCUGUCACAGGAGAUGUAUAUCACAUCACCUUCAUGUGGCCUGAAAGUGAAGAGGUUGCACAGCGUUUAGAAACACCCAGUACACUGAUGCCAUCUGAUCUUAUAGCCAAAAAGCUGCAGAAGUUUCACACAGAAGCUAAUGCUCUGAAGCGCACAUACCACAGCUGCCUAAAGAUCAUCAAUGCUGACCAGCCAAAUGUAGACGUCUUCUCACAGGUGCUGAACUAUGUCUGUACUCCACGUCAUUCUGCCUCACCAUACACUCCCAGAAUCAUACUGUUUGGACCCCCAGGUUCAGGAAAGAGUCUUCAGGCAAAACUGAUUGCUCAGAAUUAUGGCAUUGUCAACAUUUGUUGUGGUGAGCUUCUGAAGGCUGUGUCAGCUGAUGAGAGCCAUAUGGGGGAGCUCAUUAAACCCUACCUGGAGACAAAACAGCAAGUGCCAUCCAGUAUAGUCCUGCAGAUCCUUACAGAGAGACUGAGCAGGAUGGACUGUACCACACGAGGCUGGGUGCUCCAUGGCUUUCCUCAAGGUGUGGAGCAGGCAGAAGAACUUGAAGAGUCUAAUUUCAUACCAAACAGGGUCUUCUUCCUGGAGAUAACUGAUGACAUUGCUAUUGAGAGGGUAACACUUAGGGGUGUGGAUCCUGUGACUGGAGAAUGGUAUUACAGCAUAUAUAAACCUGCUUCUGGUCCGGAAGUGCAGUCCCGGCUUCGAUUUAACCCACGGCAUUCAAAGGCACAGCUGCUAAAGAGGCUUAAGGAGUACUGGAACUAUGCAGCGGACCUGCAGGCCUUCUACCCACAGGCAGUGUACAUCAACGCUGACCAGGACCCACACACUGUGUUUGAAUAACUGGAGAGUAGGCUAGUGAGCCGACUACCUAAAAUCCUGUCUUACUGAGAAACAGUUGAGCGCUAAACACUGUUAUUGGGAUACUCCACCCAAAAACAUUUUUACUCACUCUCAUGCCAUCCCAGGUGUAGGACUUUCUUUGUUCUGGUAAACAAAAAAUUAGAUUUUUAGAAAAAGAAUCCAUCUCUCUGAGUCCAUAUAAUGCAAAUGAAUGGCACCCUCAAAGCUGAUGCUUCAAAAUCCACACAAAAUUAACAUGACAGUAAUCCAAUACAACCCCUGUGAAUAAAUCAUUGUCUUCUGAAAUUAAAUGAAAAGUGUGUGUAAGAAGAAUAGUAGUAUUUUCGACUUUUUAUACUAUAAACCAUUGCUUCUGGCCACUCUAGACAACUAUUAAAUGCAGUUUCAUGAGUUUACUCUUGAUGUGAACUUCAGCAACUUGAUGCAAGACAUUUGGCAGCAAUGGUUUAUAGUUUAAUGUUUAUAUAAAGUUUAAAAUAAUAAUAUUUUCUCACACAUACACACUUAUUGUUUUGCUUCAGAAGACAUUGAUUCAUCCGCUGGUGUUGUAUGUGUUUGUUUCAUGUGAUUUGCAUCAACUUUGAUGGUCCCAUCCACUUACAUUAUAUGAAUACACAGAGAUGGAUUGUUUUUCUAGAAAUCAUCAUUUGUGUUCCACAAAAGAAAGAAAGCCAUAAACUUCUGAGAGAGCAUGAAAACAGGUUUUUUUGGUUGUAAAAAAAGGAGUAAAUUUUAGUUCUAAUUUUCAUUUCAUUUUGUACACUUCGUAAGUCUGAUAGGCUACUUAAUAAAUUGCUUAUAAAUUUGA